AUGGUACUGGAGGCCUGUUCAUCGUAUCUGUUCUGCUGGCUCUGUUCAUUGUCGACCUGCCAGACAUGGCUUCAGCUGCUUGGGGUUCUGCUGGUGGGCAUCAGCCCACCCUUGCAGGCCCAGCAGGGCUCCCAGCCUCAGUCCAUCAAAAUUGAAGGUGACAUCACCCUCGGCGGGCUCUUCCCCUUACACUCUCGGGGACCUGCUGGUAUCCCCUGCGGUGAGAUCAAGAGAGAAAAGGGGAUCCAUCGACUGGAAGCCAUGCUGUACGCCCUGGACCAGAUUAACAGCGACCCCGACCUCCUGCCGAACAUCACGCUGGGAGCACGGAUCCUGGACACCUGCUCCCGAGAUACCUACGCCCUGGAGCAGUCACUCACCUUUGUCCAAGCCCUCAUCCAGAAGGACAACUCGGAUGUGCGCUGCUCAAAUGGGGAACCCCCCAUCAUCCCCAAACCAGAAAGGGUGGUCGGAGUGAUCGGGGCCUCUGGCAGCUCUGUGUCCAUCAUGGUGGCCAAUGUGCUCAGACUGUUUGCGAUCCCCCAGAUCAGCUACGCCUCCACUGCCCCGGAGCUGAGCGACAACAGCCGCUAUGAGUUCUUCUCCCGUGUGGUGCCCCCUGACUCCUACCAGGCCCAGGCCAUGCUGGACAUUGUCAAAGCCAUGGGAUGGAACUACGUCUCCACGCUGGCGUCUGAGGGCAACUAUGGAGAGAGCGGCGUAGACGCGUUCGUUCAGAUAUCCAGAGAAGCAGGAGGGCUGUGUAUUGCACAGUCCAUAAAGAUUCCCAGAGAACCCAGACCAGGAGAGUUUGACAAAAUCGUCAAGAGACUAAUGGAGACCUCGAACGCUCGAGGGGUCAUUAUCUUUGCUAAUGAGGACGACAUCAAGCGGGUGUUGCAGGCUGCCAAAAGAGCCAAUUUGACGGGCCACUUCCUCUUUGUUGGAUCUGACAGUUGGGGGGCCAAAAGCUCCCCCAUAGAAGACCAGGAAGAGGUGGCCGAGGGCGCUGUCACCAUCCUGCCCAAAAGAGCAUCCAUUGAUGGGUUCGAUGAGUACUUCACUUCAAGAUCUCUGGAAAACAACAGAAGAAACAUCUGGUUUGCUGAGUUCUGGGAGGAUGACUUCAAGUGCAAACUAACUCGACCAGGCAUAAAAUAUGACCCCGACAGGAGGAAAUGUACAGGCGAAGAGAGAAUCAGUCGAGACUCUCAGUACGAGCAGGAGGGCAAGGUGCAGUUUGUGAUCGAUGCUGUGUAUGCCAUGGCUCACGCUCUGCAUAGCAUGCAUCUGGACCUCUGUCCAGGCUACAUGGGUGUCUGCGAGAAGAUGGACCCCGUAGAAGGACGGAUGCUCCUCCAGUACAUCCACUCUGUAAACUUCAACGGCAGCGCAGGAACUGCAGUGAUGUUCAACGAAAAUGGAGACGCUCCCGGUCGGUACGAUAUCUUCCAGUACCAAAUGUCCAAUGUCAGCAACCCUGGUUACAGAGUCAUCGGCCAGUGGACGAACCAUCUGCGACUCAAUGUAGAGGAGAUGCUGUGGUCAGGAGGUGACCAAAAGAUCCCAGAGUCGGUGUGUAGUUUCCCCUGUGAGUCCGGUGAGAGGAAGAAGAUGGUAAAGGGUGUUCCCUGCUGCUGGCACUGUGAGCUCUGUGAUGGUUACCAGUACGUACUGGAUGAAUUCACCUGCGACAUGUGUCCCUUUGACAUGAGGCCCUUCAAGAACCGCACAGGUUGUCGGCCCACACCCAUCAUAAAACUAGAGUGGAGCUCUCCCUGGGCCAUCAUCCCCGUUUUCCUGGCAAUUCUGGGAAUUCUGGCUACUACUGGUGUUAUCGCCACCUUUGUCCGCUUCAACGACACACCCAUUGUUCGGGCAUCCGGAAGAGAGCUCAGCUACGUGCUGCUGACGGGCAUCUUCCUCAUCUACCUCAUCACCUUCCUCAUGAUUGCAGAGCCCAGUGUGAUUGUGUGUGCCUUCCGCAGGCUGCUGCUGGGACUCGGCAUGUGCAUUAGUUAUUCUGCCAUGCUCACAAAGACCAACCGGAUCUACCGCAUCUUUGAACAGGGCAAGAAGUCGGUCACACCCCCCAAGUUUAUCAGCCCCACCUCUCAGCUGAUAAUCACUUUCAUACUCAUCUCAGUCCAGGUAAACUCAAAUGCAUCUCCUAUGUACGUACAUCCAUGCAGGGUUUGUUGCAGUCUAACACUUCUUUCUCUACAGUUACUGGGUGUGUUCGUUUGGUUUGGUGUGGAGCCCCCUCACACCAACAUCGACUAUGAGGAGCUGAAGCCUCCCAAUCCAGAGUUUGCCCGUGGCAUUCUGAAGUGUGACAUGUCUGAUCUGUCACUCAUAUUGUGUCUGAGCUACAGUUUAGUGCUGAUGAUCACUUGCACGGUGUAUGCCAUAAAGAGCAGAGGGGUUCCUGAGACCUUUAAUGAGGCCAAGCCCAUUGGCUUCACCAUGUACACCACCUGUAUCAUCUGGCUGGCCUUUGUGCCCAUCUUCUUUGGAACAGCACAGUCCACUGAGAAGAUGUUCAUCCAAACCACCACUCUGACCGUCUCCAUGAGCCUGAGUGCCACUGUGUCCCUGGGCAUGCUCUACAUCCCCAAGGUCUACGUCAUCAUCUUCCACCCGGAGCAGAACGUCCAGAAGAGAAAGCGCAGCUUCAAAGCUGUGGUGCAGGCGGCCACCGUGUCCACGCGCCUGUCCCAGAAGUACAGCGAGCGACAGAACGGGGAGUCCAAGGUGGAGCUGGACAGGUCCAAGUGACACGAGAGAAAU